AUGACGUCGCCUGCCCGCGGUCUCCGCCUCUCGUACCUGCGCCACUUUAUCAACAGCCAUGGCGGCGAAACCAGCUUUGCUGGCAAGACAACAGCUCAAGUCUGCUUUGAGUUUGUCGUGCCACUGACCAAGCCAACCGAGCUCUCGCUCGUCGACCACGUCGCCAACGACCCAACGACCGCUUCGUUCGUUGCGCCGGCCAACUGGUACGUCUCGCACGCCUGGCAGUAUCUCUUCUUGGAGACCGUCGACAGCCUCGAGCGUUUCUUCGCCGACCGUGGUCUCACCGACGACGCGGUCAUUUGGUUUUGCGUCUUCAACAACAACCAGCACCUCGCGAGCUCGUACCCGUUCGAGUACUGGUCGACAACAUUCAAGGACAGCUUGGCCACGAUCGGCAACAUGGUCAUGAUCAUGCACCCGUGGAACGACCCGAUCGUGCUUCGUCGGAGCUGGUGCGUCUUUGAGGUCUACGUGGCCGUAACCAUGGGCGCGCGCUUUGAGAUUGCACUGGCGCGGGAUCAAGAAGCCACCUUUCUUGGUGGCAUUGGUCAGUACGGCGCAUUUGUGAAGAUGCUCGCGACGAUCAAGAGCGAAAACUCGGAGGCGACCGUGCCCUCGGAUCGCGACGGCAUCUUUGCCUGGAUUCGCGCCGAGACGUCGUUCGUCGCGGUCGACCGGCUCAUCUUUUCCACUUUAUCCACUUGGAUCAAGACGACCUUGGAAUCGUCCAUCGGUGCUCUGUCAUCUCCAGUGCAGCAGGCCUAUCGGUGGCGUGCUCUCGGUUGGAUCUACCUCAAUGACCGCAACUGUGUGGAUGCGGAGCGCUGCUUUGCGCGCGAUCUGUCGCACUUCACGACACUGGAUGGGCGAAGCGCCCGACUCGACGUUGCUUCGGCACAAGUCAAUGUCGGCAUGACGCGCGGCACCUUGCGCAAACCGGCACAUACGUGGCAGCCGCUCUUCGAGUCGGCACUGGCGGUGCAAACCGAGUUGCUCGGGCCUUCUGACCGCGAAGUCUUUGCCACCAAGUACAGCUUUGUCGCUGCCCUCACUCGGAACGACCUGGUCCAUGACGCCAAAACCGUCGCACUUGAUCUCUUUGACGCCCACCGACACGUCUACGGCAUCGCCAGCAGCUUGACCGCUGUCGUCAUGAGCCUCGUGACUGAGAUUGUGCAUCGGCUCCAUGACCCCCGUACGGCGCUGCGCUGGAGUCGCAAGACCGCAGCGGUGCAGGAGCAGUUCCACGGCUCCGACCACGUUUGCACGAUCUUGACGCUGCAGAUUGCAAGCGCAGCGUACUUGGCUCUCGGACGCUUUGACGAAGGCCUCGCGCUCAACCAGCGCGUUCUUGCGACCGCGCAACGUACGCUUGGGGCAGACCACAAACUGACGCUCGCGGCGUCACUCAACGAAGGCUCCUUCUUGCUCCAGUCCGGUGACGUCGCGGGUGCGAUGGCCAUCCUGCGCUCGGUGCGUGCUCUCUGCCCCGCCGCCAACGCCCCCGUCCACUACAAGCGUGAUGCGGAGCUCUAUCUGGGCCACGCUGUGUGGACCAGCGGUGACGUUGCUGCGGCCACCGACCACUUUCUAGCCGCCCACCGCAUCCUGCCCGGCAAGGAUACCGUCGCAGCCAUCUACCGCGUGGCGACUGCCGACCCCAUGGCGCGCUGCCACCUUCUCGCGCUAGUGACCGAGGCCAUCUGCAGUGACGUGGCGCCCGAGUGGUGGCCUACCAACUGCGUUUUGUGCAGCAAGCCCAUCCGCGGCGUCCUCAUCAGCUGCGCAGCAUGUCCGAAAGGCGCGUUCUGGUUCUGUCGCGUGUGCAGCGCGACCAAGCGCGAGCGCCUGGAACGGUUUUGUCAGCACGACCUGCCCGCUGCGCAGUUGGAAACGGUGUUGCCGCCCCGUCGGCAGCUGUACCACGACGCUCUUUUGACGCAUGAUGGGUCGUACAAGCACAUCGAGUCGUUGCUGGACGACUAUGCAACGUACUGCAACACGCACGAUGUACCGCCGAACGAGCGGCUGCCGCGACCGUCGAUUCCAACGUUGAACCGCGGUUGGCACCCGAUGCUUUAA